AGCUUGUGAAGGCAAGCAUGUGCAAACUUUUCCAUAUGCUACAUGGCUGCUGCCACUCUAAGGAAGACCAAGCAGGUAGCAGGAGCAAAAUUCUCCUGGCACCUUGAUGCUUGGUAUUUGCCUGUCUUUCAGCCUGCUUGCUCAAGCCAACCUGCAAGCUGUGUCUCUGCUGCAGCUGUUCGACAAGGGCAUGUGAUGGGCUGUGCACCUUUAGGACCUGACCUGCCAGGAGUACCUUUGCCAACACAAACUGUAAUAACAUCAAAAAAUUUCAAGACUCUCUUGCACUGGGAUUACCCACCCAUUUUUGAAACCCCUCGUUUCACGGUGGAAAUCAAACCUUACAACUUAGGUUUUUAUAAGGCCGUCUCUGCUUGUGUGAACAUCUCAGCUCAUUUUUGUGAUCUCUCAGGGGAAAUACAAGACCUCUUUUCUUCCCAUUGGUUUCGAGUUAAAGCUAUUGUUGAGUCAGAACAGUCAGAGUAUGCUGAGACAAGUGAGUUUGUUUUUCAGAAGCAUGGAAAAAUAGGACCACCUGAAUUGCAUCUCUCAAGGCACGGUGACAAAAUCACUGUUGACAUUUACCAUCCUCCAUUUCCAUCUGUGGAGCUUUAUCCUUGGAUCAGAGGAAUUUAUUCAGAGCUCAUAUAUACAGUGACUUUUUGGGACAGUAAAAAUCAGAGUAAAGAGGAAUUCAUUGCGGACGAUUGUAAUAUGCGAAAAUGUAGCCUAAACAUCCCAGUUCCUUCUGAAGAUUCCACUUACUGUGUUUCGGCGAAGGGAAGUUUGUAUGAUGAUCUAAUAUUUGGCACCAAGUCGGAAGGCUGCAUUCAUGUUCCUCUUGAGCAGACUUUGAGCACACAAAAUAUUAUAAUUGUGCUUGGUGUUAUCCUGAGCUUUAGUCUAAUUUUGACUCUAUGUUGUGGCUUCAAGAAACUAAGGAAGAAGAAUAUAAAACUGCCUAAGUCUUUGGUCAGUGUGAUAAGAAACCUAAACACAGACAACUUUGUAGAACCAAAAUCAGAGAUAAAAUACAACUCUGUGGUAAGCCUCGUGCCAGAUGAGCCAGCAUUGCUAGUGAAUGAUGAAGUGAACCCAAUGAAGGUAGAGCAAAAAGGAGAAAUUGUUAAUCCUGAGAAUUCCAGUGAAGAAGCAUCUUCUGUUCUUUUGCCAGAGGCAGCAAGCAACACAGGAGAGGCUUCUAUGCAGGAAAGUACAGAGGAAGUAUCCUCUGAAGAUGAACGAAAUCAUAAAGCAAGAGAGAGUUACUUCAUUUCUGCCAGAGAAAUGUCAAAUCAAACAGAGACAGGCAGUAACUCUUCAGAUCCUGAGGUUUCUACCAGAGAAGUACAAAGAACAGUCAGUCCAAGCAGCUGUCUCAAGUUUUCAGGCUAUGACAAACCUCAUGUGCCAUUAGAUAUGUUGAUUGAUGUUGGUGAAGAACGACCUGUGAUUGCAUACAGGCCCACUGACUAACCAGGGUAACUGCAACGUUUAACCAGAACUCAUGAAGAACAGCAUUACUGAAGUUUAUAGAGAGUAUUGAUCAUAUUAUCAACAUCUAAAGAGUUAAAAUAUCCUGAUCCAAACAGAACAGCCAGUAUAUAUCUUACUAAAAUGGUAUUCUGAAAUGCAACUGAGAAUAGUACCUAAGAAUAACAUUAAAAGUAGGGAAAAGUUUCAUAGUAACCUGUCACUUCCAUAAGUGUUAGUGUAUGUGGCAUAGAAUACUAUUUGAAGCAGGAAGUAGCAACUUAAUUUUUUAGUAGUACUCUAUGGAGAACAGAUAUUUCAUGAAGGAAUAUAAAGCAGUUGCUGUAUCAUUGUUUAAUUCUGUCUCUCAUCCUUUUUGAAAUUAAUUCUAUGAACUGAAUACUUAAGAAGUCUUUCACUUGUUUAUGUUAGGGGUGUGCAACAAAUAUUUGAGAGUUUGUGCCUUUAUUGAAGAUGUUCUGUUGCUUUUCUGUUUUCUCUUAAGUGGUUAAAGAAUAUUUUUGUAUUAAAAGAAUUCCUACUCUUUCUUCUAAGAGUAUACCUAUAGCUCUUUCAUGCACCACACAGGAACUGAGAAAUGUGGUUCCAUUGCCAAGAAUCAACUAUUUGUCUUAUCGUGCAAUUAGAAGGAUGCACUGCGAGAUUAUUACUUUCUACGUUUCCAUUAGUAAACAUUAGACUUUUUUCCUGUGACUCUAAAAAGUUUUUUUUUUUAUAAUAGCUAUGUAUAGCUGCGUCGAUUUGGGUUGCCUAAAUAUGUUGUGUAACCAAUUCACAUUCUUGAAUUCCUCUGUUAGCAGGCUGAUUGAUCCUCAUUGAAAGAAGUUUAUUUCAAAUCUGGUUACACAAAUUCUUAAAAAAAUGUUUUCAAAAUUCAAAAGCUUGUUUUCCUCCAGAGCAUUUCUAUUCUUAUUCUUAGGGCAGUGUGAUUUUUUUUUUUUUGAUAGAAAUUAACAGGAGUCCUGCCAGUCACAACUAAGCUGUUUUCUAGCAGGUUGGAAAUAACUAGCAUUUUUUAGUUCUUGUGACAUAAAUCAGAAACUACACCAAACUUUCUCCCUCUCAAAUACAUCUCAAAACAAUAAAGAAGCAGUGUGAUGGUUUUUAGUUCCUAAGUUAGUCAUCUGACAGCACAUUGAAUGUUAAAGCAUAAGAUUAUAAUUUUGAAAGUCAAGGAAUGAGAAUUAUAGUUCUUAUAUUUAUUUUAAAGUGUUGCGAGUCUAACACCUAUAAUCCUGCUAUUUUCUCUUUAAACAAGAUGUUAUGGCAAGUGUGCUUUUUCUGUUAUUUUGAAAUAUUUAUAAUAGGUUUUAAUGAAGCUUACUUCAGGGGAAAAUGAUAUUUUUUUACAGAAGCAAGAUGGUGUGUCUGCACACUUUUUUUUUUAAACAAAAGUCUUUGUUUUAAAAGUUUUUUUAUAGGUGUAUCAAAUGUUCAAAAACUCAUAAAUCUUGCAUAUUACAGCAAAUGGUUUUGAAAGAAAACAAGUAUUGUAGUACUUCUGUGCUUAUGUUCCUCACUGGUAUGAAUAUUUAUACGAUAAAGUUAGUUUCUAGAGGAACCACUGAACUGUUUCCUUUCCUACAGAUGUCAGCCAUUAACCACAGUGAUAGAUGCACAAUUCCUGAAGGAUUCAAGAGAACUGUCUUUCCAUUCUCUACUCACAGGAAGAUGUUCUGCUAGCAGAUUUUGAUAAUUUGAGGAAAAGAUGAAUCAAGAAGGCAAAAGUUGCAGUUAUAUUUUAACAGAGAGCUGAGUUAGAAAGAUUUCAGUAUGUUUUAACUGACUUUGUGUUUCUGCAUUAGAUUUAAGUCUAGUUUGGACCAUGUAAUUUUUUCAGUGUCAUAUCCUGGGUUGAGUUCCUAGCAACUAGUGCAGGUGACUGAUUCUCAGAAUCUAAUAGUGUAUUUCCAGCAAAAGAGCAGGAGUUGAAGUUUCAACUAAAUUGACUUUGAUUAAUCAUAUGGAUUAACGCUGAAGUGUACUGUUAGCCAUCUGUGCUACUAAGGAGAUGAGUAGCUGUGUUUUGUACAGAGUUUGAAGCUGUUGUCCUUUCUUUCGAGUUUUGUAGAUUUGUUGAUAAAGAUGAACUGCAAUAAAUACCUUGGGAACUUAUAAAAGUCAGAUAAGUGCUAAAGUUAGGCUUUGCUUAGCAGGGAAAUUUAGGGUACUGAAAGCUGGGGGGGUAUCAUUUGUUUUAUUGGAAAAGUAUUUAAUUGGACAUUAAUUUGCUGAGUAACCAUUUUCUUUGCUACUGCUAAGAGUAUUUCAUCUUCUCACGAUUGGCAACUUAUUUUCUUCUUGUCAGUUGCACCCCAAAAAUGUUGUCCCUGACAAAUGUCAGGGAUUAGCCAUAGUAGUCAUUUCAUUUGGUUUGUCUACCUCAAAACUAUUCUGUCAGAAUUAUGUAAGUUCUUAGAAAUGUUAGAUUUACAGUGUUAGCAAUGCAUUUUGAAACUCUAAUAUCUGGCACUGUUCUCUGUGCAAAUGAUUUAUUAACACUCACCCUAUGAAUAGGUGUGCUCACAAAGUGAUUUCUCUUCUAGAUAGUUUUCUUCUGUCGAUUUUUUUUUUUUUUUUUUUUGGUGCCUUUCUGGAAGAAAAAAAAAGUGAUACCUUUUGCCUGUGUGAAGGCAGAUAGGUUUUGAAACGAAGUGACCUCAGAUUGUUUUGCUUCCCGCUCCCCUUGCAGUACUGCAUUAUACAUUGCUCUGUCCUGGAUCUUUUGAGGCAUACAGAGCCCUGUAAGUGGAAGGGACCAGCCAGGUGCUAAGGGUAGGUAUAGUUAAGAUUGAUCAGACGUAACACAAAUAAAUACAAGAAUUUGGCAUGGUGGGUAGUUCUGUGUAAUGGAAAGGCACUGUUACUCUGUGACCUGAAACUCAAGUGCAGGAACUUAGGUAUUUUGUAGUAAGCAACAUAUACAUAUGUUACUAACCUCUUCUUGAAACUAUCACAAUAGUAACUUUAAAUACCUGAACAUGUCUACGCUAGUUACAAAAGCCACUGAAGCAUCACUUUCAGUACAGGUGUGUCAUCUAAGUGCUGCAUAUUUAACCUUAGAAGUCAGUGGGAUGGGGCAGUUUGAGCCAACCAAGGAGUACAUCUAGAUAUUUCAGUUGCUCAGAUAGCUUUCACGUUUUAUGAUUGCAAAUUGGAGACGUUUGCUGGGAGCAUAAAGUAGCAGAUUAUUUGUUAGCUGUGACUAACUGAAAAUGUGAGGUCACAAUGAAACAAAAAUAUAUCCCCUGGGUUAAAUAAACUCCAUUUCCCACAGUCUCAUCUCUAGCAAUUCUCAGUAGUGGUACUUACAGAAACCCUAGAAACAAGAUAAGUACACAGUGGUACUUCUGCCAGCAUACAGUCCAGUAUCUAGCAGCUUGUGGUGUGGUGACUUCCUGAGACGGAAAACAUGGGGAUGACUUAACAAAUACAGCUAACAACUUUUCUAAGAAUUUCUUUAGUUGUCCUUUUUGUUUGGACAUUGCAAUUUUUCUAAUCAAUUCUGCACUUAAUAGUAUUGUGGUAACUGCUGGCAAGAAGCACCAAAUGCUGUUUUUGGUGCUGUUUUUAUGCUUAUUCAUAUAAAUAGAGUUUUAAAAAAUGCACACAGCAGAUCUACUGACAUCUGUGAAAACAAGACGUCUUAUAGUGGACCUAGUUGCUUCGAACAGACAUGUACGUAUGUUUGUAGUCCCUCGCUGGUUAAGGUGCCAAGAGAAGAGACGUGCAUGCAAAGAGCUGUUUUUCCUCGAAUAAAGCUAGAAGUAACUGGUUGCUUUGAAGUAAUGCCACGUAAACAGUUUAUUCACAUUAAUAGUUUCAAUGUGUCUCAAAAAAGCCUCCUUUCAUCUUAUUUUAUAAGUACUCUAUAUUUAAGCCAAAAUACAGAUUUUUUUUUAUAGUGACCUGCAUAGAUAUCUUCAGUGUGAUUUUUUUAAAACUAUCUUUUAAGUAUGAAACCUGUAUCUAUUAACACAUUUUUCAUUUCUCUAAACUAAUGCAAUCACUGGGCUAGACAGAAGCUCCAGAGAUCUAGUUCAUUUUUCUGCAGACACCCACAUCAUUCCUCCAACGUGUCUAAUGACUCCACACCACCACCAGGCAAUCUAUUCUAGCAGUGCGUUACCCUUCAAAAAUAUUUUUCCAACAUCUAACCCAAAUCAUCUUGGCCAUGGUAAGCUCAACAUUCUAUCCAGAAUGGACCUGCUGAGCGUACUUUGGUUCUUGUCUCAAGUUUAUAACCAAACUGCUUGUAAAUACUGUAAAUUUUAAAUGUUUUUAUAUUGAAUUAAAAAAAUUGCAAAGACAAAUAUGUGCUCUCCUUUUUGCUACUGUUAGCUUCUAUACUGAAAAAUAAAUUACAUUUUGAAGCUUGCUCAGUUUGUUCCCUUGGUUACGUGUACUACAUAUGCUUGAGCUUUACUAAAACCGAAUAAAAAUGCUUUGUGAUAUAUCCAUGUGAAAUUA